AUGAAGCAUAUUCUUAAAGGCGUGAGCGCGGUUGCGCUGGCUUGUUUGACUGCUGUAGCCCAUGGCAGGGCUGUUGGGUAUAGAUCACCAACAGAAUUCAUCAAACCCUACAAGAGACAGGCAUUGCAAGACGUUGUCACUUGGGACAAGGACACUAUCUUCAUCAACGGCGAGAGGCUCUUCCUCUACAGCGGAGAAGUCCAUCCUUUCAGACUUCCGGUCCCAGAUCUACACCUCGACGUGUUCCAGAAGAUCAAGGCUAUAGGCUACAACGGCGUCUCCUUUUAUAUCGAUUGGGCAUUACUUGAGGGCAAGCCUGGUGAGUACCGCGAAGAAGGCGUCUUCGACCUCAAGCCCUUCUUCGAUGCUGCUAGCGAGGCUGGCAUCUAUCUUAUUGCGCGUCCUGGACCUUACAUCAACGCGGAAGUCUCAGGCGGUGGCUACCCAGGAUGGAUUCAGCGGGUCAAGGGUACGCUGCGUACACGCGCGGAGGAUUACCUCAAUGCAACUGACAACUACAUGGCCAACGUCGGCAAGACCCUUGCUGCAGCUCAGAUCACCAAUGGCGGCCCACUCGUCCUUGUCCAACCUGAGAACGAGUACACAUCCUCGACAGUGGAACCUUUUCCGGAUGGAUAUUACAUGCAAUAUGUCGAGGAUCAGCUCCGUAAUGCCGGCAUUGUGGUACCACUCAUCAGCAAUGAUGCUAGCAAUUCAGGCCAUAACGUACCUGGCUCUGGCGAAGGGGCCGUCGACAUCUACGGCCACGAUGGUUACCCUGUUGGCUUCGAUUGCUCCAAUCCUGAAGUUUGGGGCGAUCAACAACUCGUCACCAACUAUUAUGACGUGCAUAUGCAGCAAAGCCCCAACACGCCCUACUCGAUCAUGGAAUUCCAAGGUGGCUCAUACGAUCCGUGGGGUGGACCUGGCUUCGAUAAAUGUCUCCAGCUUGUCAACGCAGCGUUCGAGCGUGUCUUCUACAAGAACAUUUACUCAUUCGGCGUCACCAUCUUCAAUAUCUACAUGACCUACGGUGGGACCAAUUGGGGCAACCUAGGGCACCCGGGAGACUAUACUUCGUAUGAUUAUGCAGCUAUCAUUGCAGAAGAUCGUCAAGUCAACCGCGAAAAGUAUUCCGAGCAGAAACUCCAAGCGAACUUCUUCAAAGUCUCGCCCGCGUAUCUGACUGCUUCCCGAGGAAGUCUAUCGACCACGCAAUGGACAAACAACCCGGAAAUCACCGUGACAGAUGCUACCAACAACAGCACCAAGUUCUACUUUACACGCCACACUACGUACAACACGCUGGACUCUACGAGCUACAAGCUCACCAUCCCGACCACAGCUUUCGGCAACAUCACUGUCCCGCAGUACAAUGGCAGUGACAGUCUUUCUCUCAACGGAAGGGAUACGAAGAUCCAUGUCAGUGACUAUGACAUCGGGGGCACAAACCUCAUUUACUCUACCGCUGAGAUCUUCACCUGGCAUAAGUACGAUGACCGGACUGUCCUUGUUGUAUACGGCGGUCCAGGCGAGACGCACGAGCUUGCUAUUGCGGCGACUGGUCUGGAUGUCCUCGAGGGCGAUGUCAAGUCUACUUCUACUAAGGGCUAUACGCUGCUCAACUUCAAGGCGGAUGGCCCGAGGAAGGUUGCCAAGGUUGGCGUCGACAGUGACUUCAUCUACGUGUAUAUGCUCGACCGCAACUCUGCCUACAAUUACUGGUCGAUCGACCAAGAGCCUCAUUCCAACGCCGACGCCAUCAUCCUCAAAGCUGGCUACCUCAUGCGCACAGCCAACGUCGACGGCACCACACUCGACCUCACUGGCGACGUGAACGCCACAACGCCCAUUGAGAUCCUCGGCGGCGCACCUUCAGACCUCUCCAAACUAACUUUCAACGGCAACGAACUCUCCUUCAACACCACUGAUGAAGGCGUCGUCAACUCCAACAUCGCCUUCUCUCCCCCCACCUUAAACAUCCCCGACCUCAGCAGCCUAGAAUGGAAAUACAUCGACUCCCUCCCCGAAAUCCAAUCCUCCUACGACGACUCCGCCUGGAAAGACGCCGACCUAGAGGAGACAUACAACUCCUACCGCUCACUCAACACCCCCACUUCCCUCUACGGCUCAGACUACGGCUUCAACACCGGCAUGCUGCUCUUCAGAGGACACUUCACCGCGUCCGGCGCAGAAAAGACGUUCUUCAUCGACACGCAAGGCGGCGCCGCGUACGCCUCAUCCGUCUGGCUCGACUCCACCUUCCUAGGCUCCUUCCGCGGCGCAAAAGGCGUAGACUUCGCCAACUCCACAUUCACCUUGCCGUCUCUGACGGGAAACAAAACAUACGUCUUGACUGUGCUGGUGGACAACCAGGGCCUCGACGAAACGUGGACCAUCGGCGAGGAUACGUCCAAGAACCCGCGCGGCAUCAUGGACUACGACCUCGACGCGCACGACAAGGAGGACGUUAGCUGGAAACUCACGGGUAAUCUUGGAGGCGAAGACUACGUGGAUAAAACCCGCGGGCCGCUUAACGAAGGCGGCUUGUUCGUCGAGCGUAACGGGCUGCACCUCCCCGGCGCGCUGGACUCUGAUGCUAGCUGGACAAACUCCUCCGGCCCUGUUGAGUCCGGCAUCGCGAAGCCAGGCGUGGGCUUCUUCGGCGCGGAAUUCGAGCUCGAUAUCCCCGGGGGGUGGGACGUCCCGCUGUCGUUCACGUUUACCAAUUCGACGACGACUGCGCAUCGCGUGUUGCUGUAUGUGAACGGGUGGCAGUACGGGAAGUACGUGAAUAAUAUCGGGCCGCAGACGGUGUUCCCUGUGCCGCAGGGGAUCUUGGAUUACAAUGGGACGAAUUACCUGGGUGUGGCGGUGUGGGGAUUGGAUGAGGGGGAGACGAAGCUCGGGGGACUGGAGUUGGGUGCUGAUGCUAUCAUUGCUUCGGGGAUGGGCGAGGUUGGCAACGUGGAUGGCUCAACAUAUGAGGAGAGAGAAGGGGCGUACUGA